AUGGUUCACCAUAGACAUCACGAGUCUACGGUGCCUGGUGAGAUCCCUGUUCCGCAUGGUCCUGCAGACAGCGACUCUGAGCACAUCUCAAACGAGCCUAUCGCAUAUGCUACUGCCGAUGAGCGUCGCAUCUUCAGCCAUGUAACACGCCCAGAUGAUUCCUACACCGAGGAUGGCGUCUACUGGGCCGAUCUGCCUUUGUCUCAACGCUACCGCUUCGUUUCAAAGGUUGACAACGAUGCUGCUAAGGAAGAGGCCAGCACUGCUUGGUCAAUGUUCAAGGAAGACCCUCUGUCGCCUUUGUCCUGGUACUUUCGCCAUGCUGUCAUUCCUGGUGCCGGUCUUGGUCUCGAGGGAUACGUCCUCUUCUCUAUCGGUAACCUUGAACCUCUUUUCAAGGCUGUCUGGCCUGAAUGCUGGGGUAAGGAACCGACUACCUGCGCUCACAACUGGGUCGCCGCUGUCACAUACCUCGAGAUUAUUGGUAUCAUGGUAGGCCAGGCUGUCGUUGGUGUUAUGGGUGAUUGGGUUGGUCGACGAUGGGGUCUCAUUCAAGACGCCGCCAUCAUGUUUGUCGGUCUGCUCAUGCUCACUGCUUCCUGGGGUCUUACUCUCCAGGGCUGGGUCAUCUGCUACGCUUGGUCUCUUUUCUUCUACGGUUUCGGUGUUGGUGGCGAGUAUCCUAUCACAGCUACUUCGUCUCUGGAGGGCGUUUCUUCUGGUGGCAGAAUCUCCACCCGCGAGGAUCGUCUGCACCGUGGUCGUCGUGUUACCACGGCUUUCCUCAUGCAGGGUUGGGGUCAGUUCGUCAACCAGGUCAUUCUCAUUGCUCUCCUCGCCAUUUUCAACAACGGAAAGACAGCGCCCCCUUACAGCGCAUCUGCUGCCCAGUACACCUUCCGACUGUCCUUUGCGUUUCCCGCCAUUGGUACUCUUUGGCUCCUCUACUAUCGUACCUAUCGCAUGCGCAGCGCAGGUAAGCAGCUCGCUGAGGCUAAGAAGCGCUCAAACGUCACUGGUUACGAUAUGAACGCCCUUCGACACUGCUUUACCAACUUCGGCGGUCGCCUUCUGGCUACCUCUGGUACUUGGUUCUGCAACGAUGUCUUCUUCUACGGCAACAAGCUCUUCCAGGGUCAAUUCAUCAAGGUCAUCUCUCCCGAUAGCAACUCUAUCUUCACCACCUGGACCUGGAACCUAGUCAACAUCACCGUCUCUCUGGCCGGUUACUACCUCGCUUCUCUUCUGAUUGACAACAAGAUGUACGGCCGCAAGAUGAUGCAACAGGUUGGCUUCUUCAUGUGCUUCCUGAUGUUCGUCAUUCCCGCCUUCAAGUACGACUACUACACUAGCCCGGCUGGAAUUCACUCCUUCCAGGCCAUGUACUUCAUCUCGUCUUUCUUCAACCAGUUUGGCCCCAACUCGGUCACUUUCCUUGUCGCCGGCGAGGUAUUCCCUACGCCCAUUCGCGCUACAGCUCACGGCUUCUCCGCCUGCAUUGGCAAGUCUGGCGCUCUUCUCGCCUCUGUUCUCUACAACUACAUUGAUGACCAGACCAAGUUCUACGUCGUCCCUUGGUUCGGCCUUGCUGGCAUGCUUCUCACAUGGGUUUUCCUCCCUGACACCACUGGCCUCGAUCUUAAGGAGCAGGAGCGUCGCUGGUACUACAUUCGUGAUGGCAAGGAGAGCGAGUACCACGGCGUUGCUGUUAACCCUAUCCAUUUGUCUCUCUGGGAGCGUCUCCGAGGUCUUGGCAAGAACUACGACCCCGAGGCUGACUGGCAGGCAAAGGUUCAGGACAUGCGUACUGAGUGGGAGCUUGUCCAGGCCAACCGUGGCCCCAAGGAAACCGAAGGUGCUAUGCCUGAGGACGGCGAGUUCUCUGCUGAGAUCCAUGAGUUUUUCAAGCGCUCUAGCCCCAAGCACGUUGGUCGCCGAGACGAAUCUCUCAUGGUAGACUCGAUCAACGAGAAAACAGCAGCGCCCUCUGAUGAUUCCAACUCGAAAUGA